UGUAGAUGCAAAUUUCUAGAAUAUUGUGAGAACUCGGAAGGUUCAUGCAACUAUACAACAUAAAAACCUUCAGUCGUAUCGUAUUCGUAUAUGACUACCUCAUAAAGUCAUAACUCUGAAGAUAUUCGGGCUAUAUUCCUAUAUUACUCUUCUGUGAACCGGAUUUUGUUUCGUUUUCGUGAUUCCACUGUAAACAUGAGGGAAGUUAUAUCCAUGCACGUUGGUCAAGCCGGGAUUCAGAUGGGCAAUGCCUGUUGGGAGCUUUAUUGUCACGAACAUGCCAUUGGGAAAGAUGGCUUGUUGCAGGACACACUUGGUGUGGGGAAGACUGAGAGUUCUUUUGCCACCUUCUUUCAUGAGACUGGGAAAGGAAGACACGUUCCUCGGGCUGUUCUCAUCGACUUGGAGCCAACUGUCAUUGAUCAGGUGAAAACCGGGGAAUAUCGUCAGCUGUUUCACCCCGACCAACUCAUCAAGGGCAAGGAAGAUGCCGCCAACAACUUUUCCCGUGGGCAUUACACAAUCGGCAAGGAAAUCAUCGAUCAAGUCGUGGAACGAACUCGGAGACUGGCUGAACAAUGUGCUGGGUUGCAGGGAUUCCUGGUGUCGCAUUCUUUCGGCGGCGGAACCGGGUCCGGUUUCACGGCCCUGCUCAUGGACCGGAUCUCGACCGAGUACUCCAAACGGUCCAAGCUCCAGUUCUCUGUCUAUCCUGCCCCGAAUAUCUCCACGGCUGUCGUGGAGCCCUACAACUCCAUCCUGACGACCCACAUGACGUUGGAGAUUGCCGACUGCGCCUUCAUGGUGGACAACCAGGCCAUCUAUGAGAUCUGCAAGCGGAACCUGGACAUCGAGUCCCCGUCCUACAGCAACCUGAACCGCAUGAUUGCCCAAGUGGUGUCCUCCAUCACGGCCUCGCUCAGGUUCGAGGGUUCUCUGAAUGUGGACCUCAACGAGUUCCAGACGAACCUGGUGCCGUAUCCCAGGAUCCAUUUCCCACUCGUCACCUACGCACCCAUUGUGUCGGCCGAGAAGGCGCAUCACGAGCAGCACAGCGUGGCUGAGCUGACUGCUGCCUGCUUUGAGCCAGCCAACCAAAUGGUCAAGUGUGACCCCAGGAAAGGGAAAUAUAUGGCCUGUUGCCUUCUUUAUCGCGGCGACGUGCUUCCCAAAGACGUGAAUGCAGCCAUUGCUUCCAUCAAAAGCAAACGGUCCAUUCAAUUCGUCGACUGGUGUCCAACUGCUAUAGCUGAAGCCUGGGGGCGAUUGAAUGCCAAAUUUGACAAAAUGUUUGCGAAGCGAGCCUUUGUUCAUUGGUACGUUGGCGAGGGCAUGGAGGAAGGGGAGUUCACUGUGGCCCGCGAGGACAUGGCGGCGCUGGAAUUUGACUAUGAAGAAGUCAGCAGGGACCCCGAGGAUUCCAUUCAAUUUUAA